AUGGGUCAAUGUUGUGGCUUUGUUAAAACAGAUAACGGAAUAAAUAUGCAUUAGGCAUAGUUUAGUAGAGAAAUAGAAGAGCACUUAGAUAAAUUAGAGAAGGACAGGAUCAUAGAAGCAUAAGAGACCUCAUCAUAAAUAGGAAAUGUUGGUAAUAAUAAUGGAUCAACAGUGGGAUAUCAUGAUGGAAAGGAUAUUACACACCACUAAUCGAAUUUAUCAAAUGAAAUAUAGAAAUAACGGAGUGCAGAUAAACAAUUACUUAAGAAAGAGUCGGCAUAUGAAGACUACGAAGUAAAGGUGAUAGAUAAUUAAAAUGCAUAGAAAGAAUAGAAUUAGUAUGUGGGAUAAAAUAGCACAGGGGAAAAAGUUGAAAAAUAUAAUUCUCAGACAUCAAAAGACUUAGUUAGAGUGAAAUCUUCUGAAAAAAAGAAUUCUGUGAUUGCCAAAUAAGAAUCUAUAAACAAAUAAGGCACACUUUCUAAUAAUUUGACUGUUAAUAACUAAGCACUUGGAAUAGAAGAUAUACAUUUAGAAUAGCUAUCUGUGAGUCCAAAUAAUUCAUAUAAUUAUGCAAGUAAUGAAGAAAGUCUUAAUAACAGCGUACAUGAUGAAGAAACAAAAAAUGCUGAGAAUUAAAAUGCUAAUACAGCUAAUGGAGGUGUAAGUUUUGGUAAUGAUUUAAACAAGAAAUCCUCUUUAUCGGCUUAAUUAUAAUCAAACAUUAUAAAUAUAAAUGGUAUUUCAUAAUCUAAUCCUGCUUCUCCAAGCCUCAACUCUGGUAUUUCCAAUUCAAAUGUAAGAGAAUCAUUUUAGAAUAAUGGAGGAAGAAAAAGCAUUCUAUUGAAUACUCUAGCAAAAAAAGAUGACCCUAACAGUGGUUCAAAAUCUAUAUUAUCUUCAGAAGACCAGCAAGAGAAGAAAAAAGAAAAAAGAGUCAAGCUUGUAACAACCUAAUCAGAAAAAAGAUUUGAUACAGACACUAAUAAUGCAAGGGAAAAUACAGAAAAAACAACUCCAUCUAAGCCAAAGGGAGUUUUGAAAAAGUACGAUCCUAAUUCAUCGUUUUCAGAUGCUGACUCUCCUCGUACUAAAACUAAAAAGAAAGUUAAAUUCAAAGAAUCAACAUUCAAAAAAUAGUCAAAAAAGAAAAAAAAAGACUGA